GGCCGCACACCGGCCCGCUCCUGGCGCCGCGCAUCCUCGCCCCGCGCCCGCUCCGCGCUCAGCUCCACUCCGCGUCCCGCUCGCGCCCGGCCCGCCCGACUCCUCGGCUCCCCUCGCGGAGGGCGGCGUGGCCAUGAGGAUGCGGGGACGCGGCCCCCGGGAUGCCCCCGCCUCCAGCGCGGGGGCCGGCGACGCGCGGCGGCUGGCGCCCCCUGGGCGGAACCCCUUCGUGCACGAGCUGCGCCUCAGCGCCCUGCAGAAGGCCCAGAUUGCAGUCAUGACGCUGACGCUUUUUCCCAUCCGGCUGCUGCUUGCCGCCUUCAUGAUGUUGCUCGCCUGGCCCUUCGCACUCGUCGCUUCCCUGGGACCCGCUGAGAGGGACCCGGAGCAGCCCCUGGCCUUGUGGCGGAAGGUUGUGGACUUCCUGCUCAAGGCCAUCAUGCGGACUAUGUGGUUCAUUGGCGGCUUCCACCGGGUGACCGUGAAGGGGCGGCAGGCCCUGCCCACUGAGGCAGCCAUCUUCACCCUGGCACCACACUCCUCCUACUUCGAUGCCAUCCCCGUCACCAUGACCAUGUCCUCCAUCGUGAUGAAGGCUGAGAGCAGAGACAUCCCAAUAUGGGGAACUCUGAUCAAAUACAUACGGCCCGUCUUCGUGUCCCGAUCAGACCAGGAUUCUCGCAGGAGGACCGUGGAGGAAAUCAAGAGACGAGCGCAGUCGAAUGGCAAGUGGCCACAGAUAAUGAUUUUUCCAGAGGGAACUUGUACCAAUAGGACCUGCCUAAUUACCUUCAAACCUGGUGCCUUCAUCCCUGGAGUUCCCGUCCAGCCAGUGAUCCUGCGGUACCCAAACAAGCUGGACACCAUCACGUGGACGUGGCAAGGCCCCGGAGCGUUAGAAAUCCUGUGGCUCACCCUGUGUCAGUUUCACAAUCAAAUUGAAAUUGAGUUCCUUCCAGUGUACAACCCUUCAGAGGAGGAAAAGAAGGACCCCACCCUGUAUGCCAGCAAUGUGCGACGCAUCAUGGCCGAGGCUCUGGGCGUCUCCGUGACCGAUUAUACCUUUGAGGACUGCCAGCUGGCCCUAGCGGAAGGACAGCUUCGGCUCCCUGCAGACACCUGCCUUUUGGAAUUCGCCAGGCUUGUGCGGGGCCUGGGUCUAAAACCAGAAAAACUUGAAAAAGAUCUGGAUAGAUAUGCGGAAAGUGCUGGGGUGAAGAAGGGGGCAAAGAUCAACGUUUCAGAGUUUGCGGCUUACCUGGAAGUGCCCGUCUCCGACCCGCUGGCUGACAUGUUCUCCCUGUUUGACGAGAGCGGGAGCGGCGAGAUGGACCCUCGAGAGUACGUGGUCGCUUUGUCUGUCGUCUGCCGGCCUGCCCAGACCCUGGACACCAUACAGCUGGCCUUCAAGAUGUACGGGUCUCAGGAGGAUGGUAGCAUAGACGAGGAUGCCCUGUCCAGCAUCCUCAAGACGGCAUUAGGGGUGGCAGAACUCACUGUGACCGACCUCUUUCGGGCAAUCGACCAGGAGGAGAAGGGGAGGAUCACAUUUGCCGACUUCAGCAGGUUUGCAGAAACGUACCCCGACUUUGCAGAGGAGUAUCUGUACCCUGACCAGCCGCCUUUCAAGAGCUGUGCACAGACGCUUCCCGCUCUCACCCCCAAUGGCUUCUGUGCUGACUUCAGCCCCGAGAACUCGGAUGCUGGAAGGAAGCCUGUGCGGAAGAAACUGGACUAGGACUGAGGGUGCUGGAGAGACAAGACUGCUCCCUGGCAGUCACCACCCGCCUCCACAUGGCCGCUAGCCCUCUGCUGUGACCACCUCCGGGCUCCACUCUCCACGUCGGCUGCUCGGUCACUGUCCCCAGGCCCAAGUGCCAAAGGCUGGGGUGUUUCCACUUUGUUUCUCUGUGGGGCACCGGCCUGAGGGGUGCCUGUGGGGCAUCUGGAAGGAAACUUUAUGCUCACGACACCAGGACUCUUCACAGUGAGACUGCGUGGGGCAUGUCCUGCCCACCUUGGCAGGGCUCAGGGGUCUCCCUGUGGGCAGGUCCUCGGGGUAGGUGAACACCAGGUGUGGCUUUUUUUCAAGUGUCCUGGGUUCAGAUUUUCAUCUCACUCUUCACGCGGCCCCCGUUGGUCAGUUCGAGGCACACGCACAGGCGGGCAGCCUCUAUGCACACUCAAAAAGCAGGGCAUGUGGCAUGUGUUCGAUUCCAGACACACCCUUUGCUGACUCUGGAGUCACAGCAUGGCCGGCCUGCCAGCAGUUUUUAAACAUUUCUAUAUUUGUGGGAGUUCAUGAGUAUUUUAUAAACCUCAUUUAGAUACUACAGGAAACAUUCAGCAUUUUUUUUAAAAGAAGAAAGUUGUUUUUCUACUUCAUUUUCCUUUGAGGGUCAGAGGAUAUUUAUUUAUAGGUUCUUUUUUGAUAGACUCUGAGGCUGUCUGUGGUUUUGACUUCACUCUCUGGCCUCUCCACCAGGUCAGUUUUCCUCCUGUUUGGGUACUCCACCAGGAGUACCAGCCCAGACCUGCUAUCUCCCAUCCUUCAUCCUUUUGAGUCCCCCCCUUUUUUUAUAAACAUUACCAGUUUGGUAUUUCUGUUUUAAUAUGACAUCAUCUACUUCACUGUAGUGUCGGCUCCAACAGAGGCAUUGAACAUGGGUGGCAUGAGGGAGACAGGAGGGAAGGACUGGUCCCGGCUCCUUUAUCAUGUUUGGCCAUGCACCUCCAGCAGCCCUGGGACAGUGCGUCCUGCUCGGAGGGUGGCCAUCCCUCCCCUGCUCGGGUUCUGUGGUGAGUGGACGAAGCAGCUGCCCCUGCAGACAGAUGAGCUGUACAGACAGAUGGACGGACGGACGGAAACUGGAGAGCAGUAGAGCCCGUGAUCACCUCAGGCUGAUGCCCCGUCUGUCAGGGAGACAGGCCACAUAAGUCUGUCAGGGACCAGCUCCAGUCCCACCUGGGUCAGAGGAAAACAGUCUCCUGGCAGCAGAAGGGGGGACACUGGUGGUGGUGGUGUCUUUGUUCUUCCUGAAAUCCCCUUCGUUCAUUUGGUUAGGACAGAAUUGGAACCUGUCCUUAAAGCACAAUCAUAACCACAGACUCCGGUUGUUGUCCUGAAGCCUCUGGGUUCCUUUGGGGGGAAUUUUUUUUUUUUUUUAAUUUCUAAAAUUAAUUGAAUUUUGUAUUUGGGGCAUCUCUACUGAAAGUGACCACCAGGGCCAGAAGCACAGGGAAGAUGUUUACUGAUUUCCCGAGGCAUCCAUGACAUGCAUUUCUACCGGUAGACGCCAGGAAAACCCUUAACUCCGGUUCAGCUGUCCCCUCCCCCUGUUCCAGCUGCUCACUGCCAGCCAGAAUGCACACAGGGGCGAGUGCUGAGGGCCAUCGGGGCACUCGGCCUGCUGGACACCACAGAAACUCAGAUGCAGCCUCGGUGGCUAACGGUGAAUGAUUUUAUAACCACAAAAUGCAUAUUCAUUUUUUCAAAGAGAAAAAACCACCAAUAACCAAUGAAGGAGGUGAAUAAACUAAGAUGUUCUGAGGGAAGGGGCCUGAAUUUGGCCUCCAUCCUCCAUGUCUGAGCAUGAAGGGUUUUUUUGAAUGAAAUGCCAUGGUGCGUUUUCAGGAAAAAAAUCUCUGAUAAUCAGACUCUGAACGGAUGUUUGCACCUCCUGAUCCCUUUUCUCUCUCUCAGUGAAUGGCAUUCUGAACUGUGAAUGUACAUAGUGUUGGGAUAAACCCCAUUAGUAUGAGACGAGGACACAUGGGCAAGUGCAGCCCUGGCCCCUCCGCCUACAGGGCCCUGCCAGGACGUGUGGGUCCUGCUGGGAUGGGGGGAGGGGUUCUGCUAGACGUGGGGCCCUGCUGGAAGGGGUGCCAUGUGAAGAACUUUGGGUUUGUAAUGGAAUGAAUAAAAUGUAGUCCUACUUGAA